CCUACCACGGUUUACCCUCAUCACUACAAUCCCUCAAACUACACAUCUCUGUGAAAUAAAGCAAGUCUCCCUUCAAGCUGCAUUAUUGCUGAAGGUUUACCUGGGUCUCUUCAAGUGUAGAACUUGAUAACCCACUUACCCACAUACAAGGACAGGAAAUGGAAGCCAUAUCAACAGUCCGGCCCGCCAGGCCGAAAAUGGGCCUGCUCUCGCAGACGGCAAUUCCAAGCCCGACUAUUCAAUGGGUUGUUCCUGCGCGUCUGAGACACAAGCUUAGAAAUGAUGUGGUCUUCGUGGGUGAAAGGUCGCUGCAGAUUCGGGAAGCGGUAUCAGGGAUCCAUCUGGAGGAUGUCGCAGUGAAAUCAGACUUUGACGCCCAGAUCAUGGCCGCGAAGGUGAUUAAUGUCAGCGCCGAACCUCCGUGGGAAGCCCAGAUGAAGAUGGGGGCAAAGAACACUCCGUCUGCCGCCAGUAUAGACUCGCGCGACGACCUCCCUCCGCAGAUACUCGUGCUCACAUUGGCGACGAGAGAACUGGUCUUUCUGUGCUUUGCAGAUGAGGAAGGGAAAGAGUUUAUCACUUUCCAUCGACCUUUGCCGACAGAUGUCAGCUUGUUUGAAAGAUUUGGUCGGUCUGUCGCGGUUGAUCCGAGAUCUCGCGCAAUAGCUAUUGCUGCAACCAGUGAUUACUUUGGUGUCUUUAUGCUGAAACCUUCCCAUGUUCUCCAGUCUGAAAUAGCUGGUAAGAAGCUGGAUCCCAUAGUAGAGGAACGCUUCUUUCGUGUCGAUGGUGAUAUUUUGUUCAUGGAUUUUCUCUAUCCAAAAGCUGAAGACGGCGAUACCAUUAUACUACUUCUUCUAGUGGCGAAAGGAAAACAGACACAGGCAGUAUUCUAUGACUGGGACGCCCAAGAUGGCUUAAGAGAGGCCCCUCCUAGAGUGGUCAAAAGAUUGCUGCCAGUCGAAGACAGGCUCCCUACUUUGUUAGCUCCAUUGACCAAGUCAAGCUCGUUCAUGAUAAUGACCACGACGUCGAUCGCCAUCUACAAGGACAUACCAUCAGACCCCAGAAAACAACCCCGCCGAUACCCCAUUCCUUUGCCUGAUCGCGUCUCCCAGCGGGCUCCCUUGUGGACUCGUUGGGCUAGACCUUGUCGCAACUGGAGAUACAGUCAGCAACACGAUGGUAUCUAUCUAUGCCGCGAGGACGGCAAACUAUUCUACAUGGAAAUUAGCAACGAAGGGGAUAUUGAACAGCACAAUUACUUGGGCCAGCUUUGUUCAGAUGUCGAUGGCGCAUUCAACAUUCUUGAUAUCGGUUUUGAAGGAGGAGACCUGCUUCUCGCAGCAGGAAACAUGGGUGACGGUGGUCUAUUCAUUCAGAAAGCAAGAGACCUUCCUAGAUGUGUCCAAAAAUUUUCAAAUUGGGGUCCAGUCAUAGAUUCGGUGUUUAUCAACUCGUCAGAUCCGACACCUCCUCCCGGCGCUCCGACUGAAGGUCGACUAUUUGUGUGCUCUGGCUCUACCAUCGGUCAAGGUGCAAUUAUGGAGCUUCGGCAUGGUAUCCAGGCUCAAAUUGGUCUGGUCAUUCCGCUAGAUGAGUUGUCAAGCGCGAGGGACAUAUGGACCAUGGCGGAUAAUGUGAAUGGUGGAAGCUACAUUCUCAUCUCCGAUCCCAUGUCAUCCGUCCUUCUCUAUCUCCCCACCGAUGCAGGGGAAGACAUCAGCGCCAUUGACGAGGCAGAAUCGGGGAUCAAUGGGUCGAGGCAGACACUGGCCGCUGGGUGUACACCUUUUGGAAUUCUGAUUCAGGUGACGGAAAAGUCUCUGCAUUGCGGCUCAAUUCCUAUUGCACCAUCUGUCAACUUCUCCGUAGAGCUCGAGGCUCAUCAAACCGUGAUUGCUGCUGCUAUCAACGAGGCAGUUUCAACGAUUGUUAUGGCCGUCAGAUCCCACAAUGAGAUCCAUCUCCGUUUUUCCAAAGUUCUCUUCGAUGGCCAAGAGAUCAAGAUGGUCGAGAUUGGAGAACCCGUCGCCAUCGAGUAUGAGCCUAUAUGUCUUUCUGUGGAAGUUUUCGGCUCCACAGCGUUCCUGUUUGUAGGAACAGGGAACGGAAGGAUAGCGGUCUAUCAUGUCGAGGAACACGCCAUCACAUACUUGGUCGACCACUCCAUUCAGCUCGAGACAGAUGAAGACAUAUCAAAAGCAGUCGAGACACUUGCUAGGAUCAGCGCGGAUGUAGACACAUCGAGGGAGAGAUCGAUUCUCUUCUGCGGUUUACGAAGCGGCAUACUGAUACCCCUUGGAAUAAAAUUUGAUAGUGAAGAUGCUGUAUCCCCUAUUGAGCUCAGACAAUUCAGCCCGCGACAACUGGGGCGCACAUCUGUCAGACUGCUUGGCCGGGGGUCGUUCGCGCUGUUGACUUGUGCCGAAGGAUUCUGGCGCGUGUCGCAUGUUCGGGAUAGCGAGUCGGGUGGCUAUUCUCUAGAGAGAAUCUGGAUUACGGAUCAAAAUAAUCCCGCCUAUAACCAGCGAAGCAUUGACGUCUUCACCGUCAUCAACACCCCUCUUGACUCCCAGCCUGACAGUCUCUCCGAGUCGCUAUUCUGUGUCACAGAGGAACAGCUUCUGAUCUGCACGAUUGGACGCAAGGCCGGACCAGUCCCUCGCCGGAUCAGUCUCCCGGGAAGUGCUAACAGGCUUGCCUAUUCGAAGCAUCUUCAAAGCCUAGUCGUGGCAUAUUCUACUACUGAACUGGAUAUGACGGUAGACCCUAUUCGGCGCUAUACACGCCCGAUCAUUGACUUUGUGGAUCCGGACACACAGCUCUCUGAGAUCUCACACAUCCAUGAUCCCGACACGUCGGAGCGGCCGUGGAGACCGCUCGGCGCAGCGGGUGAGAAGAUUACAUGUCUCUUGGAAUGGACUCCAAGACAAGGCGACGAGAAGUACCACUUUAUCGUGAUCUGCACAUCACGCAAGCAGCAGCAGGACCUUCCUCGGGGGCGAGUGAUUUUCCUUCAAGCAUCACGCGACCCAAGGACUUCGCGCAUCGAAUGCACUGUCAAACACAUACACAAGUUCGAGAACCCGGUUUAUUCCAUCGCACCAUACGGAGCAUCCACUUUGAUGGUGGCAACAGGAUACGACAUUGUACCACUGGAGAAUAAGCUCUCAGAAACACGGUGGCCACGGUCAGCACGUUACACCCUUCUAUCGCCUGCGGUAUCGAUCACAGUGCACGAGCCAUACCUGUACGUGUCUACUGCCAGGGAAUCACUGGUCAUUCUCAAAGUCAGCGAUGACCGCCUGCUUCUUCACGCUCACGACCGUGUCAAACGAGAAGGCCUGUCUCACUGUCACCUCAUAGAUGGACCCCAGCUCACCCUUGCCUCGAGUAAAGGUGGCACCGUCAGUUUAUUGACGGAAAGAGGCAUCACCGACAAAGACAAGCUGAUUCCCGUGGCGGUCUCCGAGGCGCAUCUUCCCCUGUCUGUCAGCCGACUGCUUCUCCACCCGGAUCCAACACCAUCCAACCAUUCCCCAUCUCUCUACGGCACUACUCUCGAUGGCACGGUGUACCGAUUCUCGCCGCUGCGCGAGACUGAAUGGCGUCUGCUGCGUUUCUUGCAGAACCUGGCUGUGCGGGAUCCCCUUAUCAGCCCGUUCACCCCCAGAAGAAAACGACGUUACGGCCUUGCUGAUAUCGAGCCCCUGGAUGACAAACCGUCUUUGAUGCAUGUCGAUGGGGAUAUUCUCACUCGCCUGGCGGAUGCGGGCACCUCCCACUUGCGCCAGAUGUUAACAGCUCGUGUAGUGCCUCGCGACCUGGCCUUGGAGAGACGCAUCUUCGAACGCUUCUCCCAAAUGGCGGCAGACGUCCUGGGCAACCCGUCUGAUCCUGUGAAAGAGGUGCUAGUUUGGAUGAGAGAUAUGCUUCAUGUUGGCUUAUAGCCAGACCUCUAUUGACCACGAUAGGAAUCCAUCUUCUGCUUUGCUUUGAGUUGCGAUAGAAGCUUCGACCUGUGUAGUUACUAGUCGUCUCUAGUAGUAACUGCUGGUAGUCACAUAGCUACUUCAAGAGAUAUAUAA